AUGUUAGGCCACGACUUUUCCGUUUCAGCCUUUCACCUAUUGCAACUGAGGUGCAUGUUUUCCGCCGAACCGGAUCGGUCUCCCAUUACGGAUGUGGAGGGUGAGGUUGGUGAUGAUGUGGACGACGAAGAUGAGCUCGAGGACAGUGAGAAUGGCUCCGUCUGGACUCUGUUCCCUUUCGCAGAUAUUCUUCGUUAUCUCGUGCGUUUUAUCAGCUGCAUCAUUUACACAUGCGGUACUGUCACUUCAUCCUUGCCAUUCCACCCACCUCUCUGUUUUGGACGUGACGCUGCUCCGGAUCUUGCUCUUCGUCAGAUUUCUUUAUCCCCUCGGGCGUCUAGGCGAUAUCGUGAGGAUUCUCGGUUGAGGUCUGCAGCGCAGUCCCCUACAACGAAGUAG